UACAAGAGAGAGUCGAUCGACCAUUUCUCUCAGUGCCGCAGUUAUCAGCCGAAAACACAUUUAUAACCACAAAGGAACACACAUACGCCGUAUUGGCAAAAGGCAAAAACAGCAGAAACAGCAGCAGCAAAAACAGCUCAAAUCAAAUAAUGUUCGGCCAGGCCAAAACAGUUUGAGGCAAAACGCUCGCUCGCGAUGACACAAUAGCUGAAUAGUGGCGCUGGCGAACGAAUUUUGCGCUAAUAUCAAGCAUACGCAACGUGGUGCGCGGCCGACCAGCUAUAAAUAAAGAAUCGUUCUUUUGUGCCAUUUUUUAAGUGCGCAAAACCAAAUAUUUUCGAGAUCCCAUGCAAUAAGUGAAGUGAAGCUAGCACGCAAAAUGUUAAGUGAUGAAUAAUUAUAGAUGCCAUUAAGUAUUGUGGAAAAAAAAGCAAGUAAACAGCAAGCGUCAAAGAAUAAGUGUAAAGAAAAUAUAGUGGAAAAUUUGGUAAAACCAGCAACUGCACAACGGGUCAACGUUUGCGGAAUAUUAGCGGCAAGCGACGCAGCAAUAUGAUCUAUAUAGAUGACUCAGAGCCGGAAGGUGUUUUGGAACCGGCGUUUCCCAUGCGCGAUGUGACCAUAAAUCGCAACGUCGAUGCCCAUAAACUUUACGAUGUGCUGGGCGAGGUGGGUCGGGGCAAAUUCGGGACGGUCUACAAGUGCAGGGACAAAUCGAAUGGCCUGCAGCUGGCGGCCAAGUUUGUGCCGAUUCCCAAGCGCGAGGACAAGCGGAAUGUGGAGCGGGAGGUGGAGAUUAUGAAUUCAUUGCAGCAUCACCUCAUUAUACAAUUGUACGCGGCAUACGAAUAUCAGAAAAUGAUGUGCGUCGUCCUGGAACUCAUUGAAGGUGGCGAACUCUUUGAUCGUGUGGUAGACGAUGAGUUCGUCCUGACCGAAAGAGUCUGCCGCGUCUUCAUACGCCAGGUGUGCGAGGCCAUGGCUUUUAUCCACGGCAAUGGCAUAGUCCAUCUGGAUCUGAAGCCCGAAAAUAUUCUGGUACUCACGCAGAAGGGCAAUCGCAUCAAGAUCAUUGACUUUGGACUAGCACGUAAAUUUGAUCCAGAUAAACGACUCAGGGUUCUCUUCGGCACCCCAGAGUUUGUGGCGCCAGAAGUGGUUAACUUUGACUGCAUAUCCUAUGGAACAGAUAUGUGGAGUGUCGGUGUUAUAUGCUAUGUGCUCAUCUCAGGACUGUCGCCUUUCAUGGGCGAGAACGACAUUGAAACAAUGUCAAACGUAACCAUUGCGAAAUACGAUUUCGAGGAUGAAUGCUUUAAUGGCAUAUCCCCCGAGUGUCUGGAUUUCAUAGCCAAGCUGCUGGCAAAGGACCUGGGCACCCGGAUGACAGCCGCCGAGUGCAUGAAGCACAAAUGGCUUCAGCAGCGGCCGGCCACCGCCGCCACAGCCACGCCCAUCACAAAGGCCGCCUCCGCGGCGUCCAAGUCGCGCCUGAAGUCGGUGUCUCCGGUGACGGCUCCCUCGGAAUCCUCCGAGGACUCCACGGAAACCAUCGAGGACGACGACGAGGAGGCGCAGGUGGGUGUGGAGGUGGAGCAGGCCAAGCAGGAGGAGGACCAGCCGGAUGAGGAGCUGGCCAAGCUCUGCAGCGCCGCCGAACUGGAGAACAAAGAGCUGGAUGACACGAAGGACAACCUGAAGAACUUCAUCGUGCGCUGGGAGACGCAUCCGAACAGUCCGUACGUGUUCGACGUGGAGGGCAACGUGAUUGCUCCGCUGAGCGAGACGAGCUACCCGCAUCCCCGGAGGACCCACGGCCAGGACAGCCUCUCCUCGUCCCGAGUUUGUUCGCCCUCGCCCUGCGAAACCAUUUCCACUUUGACGGACGACGACGAACGGGGUGAAGAUGAGGAUCUGCCGCCGGAGGAGGAUGAGUGCCGCAGUGCGGACAACGAUAGUCCCCACUCAGUGGCCACGCCCAUCAACGAGUCGCGGGAGAAGCUCUUCCCGACGGUGGCCACCUCCAGUCCGUCCACGCCCACGCCGCAGCACCUGUUCAACGAGAACUUCGACGAGUUCUCGGGCAGCCAGUCCAGCGUCCAGCAGCAGCGCAGCAUGAAGAGCUACCUGCACACCUUCGAUCGCCGGAACUCGGACACCACCUACCUGCUGGGGCGGCGCAGCUCCGGGGAGCGUGUGAAUCUGGCGGACGAGAUACGAAAGCUGUCCGAUCACCUGCUCAUGCUGGCCGAGAUCAACACCAAGCUGGGGGAUGCCAACAAUAAUGGAGGUAAGCCGGAUCCUCCAGCUCCUGUGGUGGCUCCCGUGGUGGCUCCCGCCGGCAGCACCUCCAGCAAGACCUCCGAGAUCAGCCAGGAAGGCAAUAGAUCGACCAGCAAAAGCACUUCCAGCAGCAGCUGGAAUCGUCCCACUCCGAGAGGAGGACUGCUCAGCCAGGCCAGCAGCAGCAGCCAAAGCCAAAGCAGCUACGAUGAUGGCCAGGGCAAGACCAAGAUCAGUUCGCUGUCCGUCAGGCUGCAGCAGUCCAUCGAGGAGACACCAAAGUUGAGCAAUGGCAACGGCUCCUCCAGCAAAUCGCUGCUGCAGUCUCGUGUGCAAACGGUGAGCACUUCCAAUGCCAGGAGCAUAGCCAGUCAGCAUGUACAAAAAACCAGCACCACCUCCUCCAAGGUGAUCUCCAGCAGCAGCACCACCACCAGCUCAAGGAAUCAUAUAUCUUCGAGCGCCAGCAACCAAAUCUCCUCCAGCAACCAAAUAUCCAACAGCGCAAGCAAUCAAAUUUCUUCGAGCGCCAGCAAUCAAAUCUCUUCGAGCGCCAGCAACCAAAUCUCCAACAGCGCCAGCAGCGAAUCAGCCAGCAGUCGACGUGCCAAGUUCCGGAUAAACCAGAUGAGCAGGGAUGUGCCCGUGGGACUGCCGGAUACCCACCAGACCGUCAAUCUGGAGGAGGCGGCCAACACCACCAAGGACUGCCUGCUGCAUUUGCUGGAGAAGUACAACGAGACCCGCAUCCGCAAUCCCGUGGGUCGUCACCAGAGCAUCAGCGUCGACUGGCAUGUGAGCGACAACCUGGAGUACCGCUCCAUGAGCUCCAUCAAUGCCUUCUUCCAACGGCACAACCCCAACGGCGGUGGACACAACGUUCGACACAUUCAGGCCCAGUUGGAGGAGAAGGCGGCGGGGAAGUAGGCCUGCAGUUAAGGAGUCCACUGUAUAUAUCCGAUAUAUAUAUAUAUAUAUAUAUAUAUAUAUAUAUAUAUAUAUAUAUAUAUAUAUAUAUAUAUAUAUAUUUAUAUGUAGAAUACAGAUCAACCAAGAUGGAACCUAUGUAAAGCAACAAUGCGAAUGAAACAAAUUAAUAUUUAUGUACUUGAUGUAAGCAAUAAAUCAAAUUAAAUUAUUAAAUAAAAG